AUGGGCGAAAUUGACGCUUCAACUAACCAAAUCGUGGAGGUGAUUGGGGAUAAGCAGGAGCAUGUCACCGAGAAAGCUGUCGAUUCAGAGAUUGUCGAAGAUUCUACUGUGACUGAUUGUCAAGACGCGGGAUUCCAAGGAGACGAUAAAGAGGAAUAUGUCAAAGGAGAUCCUGUGAUCCGCAAUGGUCUCGAUGUGUCCAAAUUUCUCGUCUCCACCAGAGAUGAUGGCGACCCGUCUCUUACCUUCCGCUCCAUUGUCCUGGGCACCAUCUUUACAGCCUUGUCCAGCGUGAUCACCAUGCUCUAUACUUUCAAACCAGUCGAGGUUUCAGUCUCAGCGGUCUUCCUACAAUUGCUCGUCUUUGUAUUUGGAGAAGCAUGGGCCUUUGGUACACCGAGUCCCGACAGAUUCAAAGCACCCUGGUUGCGAAAAACACUCAGGUUUCUCAAUUUUGGACAGCCCUUCGGCAUCAAAGAACACGUGGUCGCAUCUUUAAUCGCCUCAUCUGGUAACAACGGUCUAUCGGGAGUGGAAGUAUAUGCCAUCGAGCGACUAUUUUAUGACCGAAGCAUCUCUGCCACGACUGCUGUUCUGGCCACUUUCUCCAUCUCACUCUGUGGGUUCGUUUUGGCAGGUGCCUUACGGUCGCUGAUUGUCUAUCCUGCCGAGAUGGUAUAUUGGUCCACAUUGCCGCAAGUCGUCUUGUUUCAAAAGUUGCACUUCAAUCGCAAGGAAAAUAAAGAGAUCCUGAAGAAAUUCGGUUACGCCCUUGGUUUAGCCGCAGCGUGGGAGUUUUUUCCUGCCUAUAUUGUACCAUGGGUUGGUGGUGUUUCGGUCUUCUGUCUUGCAUCGAUGAAGGGCCCGACGAACACUCGCACGAUCUUUUCAAAGGUCUUUGGUGGUGUUUCGUCCAAUGAGGGAAUGGGGCUCCUGAACUUUUCUUUUGAUUGGCAAUAUAUUCAGAGCUUAUACUUGUCCCUGCCGUUCAAACAACAAGUCAACACGUGGAUUGGCUAUAUUAUAUGGUACCCUGCCAUGCUUGGGCUGUAUUACAGCAAUACCUGGAAUGCGAAAGACUUCCCCUUCAUGUCGACGUCGCUUUUCUCAAGCAACGGAACCACAUUUACCACUACUUCGAUUUUGAACAGCAAAGGAACUAUCGACGACGCCAAAUUGGAAGCGGUCGGAAUCCCGCACCUGACUUCCAGCACGGUUUGGGGAUACUUUACACAGAAUCUCGCGAUUGGAGCACUGAUAUCCCAUGUCCUGAUUUUCUACAGCAAGGACAUGCUUCUUGCAUGGAAACAGGCACGGACUAGAAAGCAACCCGAUCCACACUACCAGGGAAUGCUGAAGUACAGAGAGGUCCCACAGUGGUGGUACAUGGUGCUAUUCGGUCUAGCCUUUAUCGCCGGAAUCAUCGUCACGGCUAAAGGGGAAACUACUCUCCCAGUCUGGGGAUACAUCAUCGCUCUUCUCCUCGGUGCAUUUAUCGCUCCAUUCUCCUGCAUUAUCUAUGGACUUUACGGAACCGGCAUUGGAACCAACCAGAUUUCCAAAAUGGUCGCUGGUGCUGUCCACCCUGGUCGACCACUGGCGAACCUAUACUUUGCCAGCUGGUCACACCAGGUCAUUCUCCUCGCCGUCAAUCUUUCCAACUGGUUGAAAGUAGGCCAAUAUACCAAGGUUCCCCACCGUGUCAUGUUCGCCACACAAGUCUACGGAACACUCCUCGGAGCAGGCCUGAACUAUGCCGUGAUGACCAUAAUCGUCACCAAUGAACGAGAAAUCCUCCUCAACUCAACAGGCAACGCCAUCUGGAGUGGGUCUACUCUUCAAAGUAUGAACUCCCAAGCCAUAACAUGGGCUCUGGCGAAACGGAUCUACAGUUUCAGCGGGAAUUACUGGAUCGUGCCCAUCGGGCUGGUCAUCGGACUCGUUCUGCCUAUGAUUCACUGGGCGCUUAACAGAGUCUGGCCUCGUAUGCGCAACUGGCCGAUCAACACACCUAUGAUCGCAUUAUAUGCUGGAGUGAACUACUACGGCAAUACCUCGUGGGUUUGGUCUUCUAUUGCCGUUGGCGUGUUUUCUCAGUUCUGGCUCCGACGUCGGAUGCCAAGAAUCUACAACAAGUACAACUACCUUAUUGGAGCCGCUAUGGAUGGAGGUUCACAGAUUGUGAUUUUCAUCUUGUCAUUUGCUGUUUUCGGUGCGAGUGGGGCGUCGCAUCCCUUCCCGACAUGGUGGGGAAACCCUUCAACCAAUGCAGAUUAUUGUUUGUGA